AUGGGGAUCCUUGACGAGGUCGAGGACGUGGUGCGGCAGUGCCACCCCCGACCUAUUGUAGUUGCCGGGGACUUCAAUGCCCACUGUACGGAGUGGGGUUGCCGUCACCGGCAGGGGGAUCCCCGGAGGGGCGACGCCGUGAUCGGUUGGGCGGCGGGACUCGGCCUCCUGUUGAUGAACAGAUAUGUUCUCUGGGCCCUCGGUCCCCGAGCCCCUCCGCAGGUGCUGGACUGCCGCCCUAGGGGGGAACCAGGAUUCCCCCCACCGAGAUGGGCCCUCAGUCAACUCGAUGCGGAUAUGUUCCGGGCGGCCGCCCUCGCAGCCACUUGGCACCUUGAUGAGAGGGCAGGUGAGUGGGAAACUAGCCCCCUGGAAGGGGCUAGGAAACUGGUGGGCAUCGUAACGUCAGUCUGCGACGUUGCGAUACCCCGAUUCCACCCCCGUCGGCGCCGGGCUGCUUACUGGUGGACGGCGCACAUCGCUGAAUUGCGAAAGGCUGCCGUCCGAGUUAGACGGGAGUCUACCUGGGCCCGGCGACACGACGAGGAAGCUGUGAGGGAGAGGGAGGGCUAUCUCCAGGCGAGAGAAGCCCUUAAGGCUGCCAUGGUCGAGGCUAAAAAGGGAGCCUGGGAGCAACUGGUGAACUCCCUGGAUGAAGACCCGUGGGGGUGCCCGUACAAGCGGACGGUCGGAAGGAUCCGUCCGUGGGCGCCGCCGCCGACGGAGUCGAUGGACCCCCAGGACCUUGAAGAGCUCCUAAACACCCUCUUUCCGAGGGUGGAGAUGUGCCCCCCUCGGAUCCCAAUCCCCGAGGAGGAGGACUGGGACGAGGACUUGGGGGUCAAUCCAGAGGAGUUCGCCAGAGCCAGGAAGAAGCUGGGGGCCAAGGACAAGGCCCCUGGUCCCGACGGCAUUUCUGGCCGCGCCUGGGCUCUCGCCCUCGGCGAAGGGAGCAUGCCCGCAGCCAUGAGGGGUAUGAUCAACGGUUGUCUCAAGGAGGGGGUCUUUCCCCAGGAGUGGAGGAGGGCGAAGUUGGUCCUCCUCCCGAAGGCGAGCGAGACGCCUGACGGACCGCCGGCCUACAGGCCGAUUUGCCUGCUGGACGAGGCGGGCAAGAUGAUGGAGCGCAUCGUUGCGGACCGCCUCGUGCAGCAUAUGUCCUCAGAGGGGCCGGACCUCCACGACAGGCAAUACGGGUUUAGGCCCGGACGGUCAACACUGGACGCCGUCCAGUACGUCCGGGACCUGACCCACACCGUCGUGGAGGAGAGGGGUUGUCGGCGUAUCCUUAGAUAUCACCAAUACCUUCAACACCCUGCCCUGGCCGGAGAUUGGGCGGAUGCUCGAUAUUGCCACGAGUUUGUGUCGUCAGACGAAUUGGAUCUUAUGUGGCGAGCACCUCAGGGUGUUAGUCGCACUCAGCAACACCGGUCGCGCUGGAUUUGGCAGCCGUCGGGGCGCAGUGCGCGUUAUGAAUCUACUUCACAAGUCAAGUCGAGGAAAGAAAGUAUUGCCUCGCCCAUCACUUGUAAUCCACUUGUAAUCUAUGACGAAAUAGAAAGAGUAAACUUCGAACACUGGCACAAGUUGCAAAUCAAUGGCUCAAAAACAAUGGCUCAAAGCAAACACUUCAUAGUUGAAGAUGUUAUAAGGCAACCGCAGAACUAA